AUCCACCAGACAAUGAAUAUUACCAGAAAUACACACGAAAUACAUAUAUGUAUUUUAUAUAUCACCUAGUCCUCUUAUUCUUCAAAUCAAGAUGGCUCUGAUAACACCACAAUCCAAUGCCAAACCCUUCUCAUUCUCAUCGCAUUCCACAGUCCCUCGCCGUAGUUUACCCUCCACACACCAUAACAACAAUGUAACAAAUAAUAGUAUUGGUAAUAGUAGAUUGUACUGUGACUUCAAAGGUUUUGGCCGUUUGAACAGAACAAAAAUUUACAGUACAAGAUCAGAUGAGUCGAGUUGUGGAAGAAUUAUUCUCUCUGAUGUGGUUGUGAAGAGAAAGAGGAACGUGUUUUGGGGUCGGAAAUGGACUUCGCUGGAUGCGGGUAUAGCUGGGGUGGUUGUGGUGAUGCAUUUACUGUGUGUUUUUGCACCAUUUGUGUUCAAUUGGGGAGCUUUUUGGGUGGCUGUGGGGUUGUAUGCAGUGACUGGGCUUCUGGGUAUUACUCUGUCUUUUCAUAGGAAUCUUUCUCACAGGAGUUUCAAGCUUCCCAUAUGGCUUGAGUACCUGUUUGCAUAUUGUGGUGUUCAGGCACUUCAGGGGAAUCCAAUAGAUUGGGUGAGUACACAUAGGUACCACCAUCAAUUCUGUGAUUCUGAGAAAGACCCACAUAGCCCAAUUGAAGGAUUUUGGUAUAGUCACACGAGUUGGCUCUUUGAUAAAAGCUCUGUGGUUGAAAGGUGUGGAGAGCCCAAUAAUGUUGGGGACUUAGAGAAGCAGCCUUUCUAUAGAUUUCUUCAAAGCACCUACAUUAUACAUCCAAUUCUGUUUGGAGCUGUGUUAUAUUCAUUGGGAGGAUUUCCCUUCAUCGUGUGGGGAAUGGGAGUGAGAAUUGUAUGGGUGUAUCACAUCACUUGGUUAGUGAAUUCAGCUUGCCAUGUCUGGGGAAGACAGGCAUGGAACACUGGCGAUCUAUCUCGGAACAAUUGGUGGGUGGCAGUGCUUGCAUUUGGAGAGGGUUGGCAUAACAAUCACCAUGCUUUUGAAUACUCUGCUAGACAUGGACUCGAAUGGUGGCAACUUGACAUGACUUGGUAUGUGGUGAGGUUGCUUCAAGCUAUUGGAUUGGCCACUGAUGUCAAGGUUCCAACACAGAGUCAGAAGCAAAGGAUGUCUCUCAACAAUGGAGGCAUUGCCUUUUAGAUUUUCUUUGUUUUUGAUGGCAUAUUAGCCUAGGCUCUGUUUUUUCUGUACUGUUAAAGACUCUUAAAAACUUGAUUGAAUAUGGCGAGCGACUCUUUACUCUUGCUGAAGCUAUAAUUAAUGCAUAAAUGAUACAAAUUUUAUC